AUGUCUGGCACAAUGGCUACGAACCCACUCUCCUCGAUCCUGCAUGCUAGACUACUCCAAUCUAUGCAAGCUCUCGGGGCGCUUGUUAUAUUGCUGCUCUUGUGCAUUCGAAGGAAAUCAAACUCCCAGUUCGUGAUUCCGAAACCGAACACGUUGAAUGGUCUUCCUGUGGAACUCAUACUAUUAAUAUCGGACUUGCUCUCACCCGAGGAUAUCCUUUGUCUCUCCAUGUGCGAUCAUCGACUUUUCGGGGCCCUGAGUCGCAAAAGGAACUUUCUUCCACUCGUAGCAAGUGACAAGCUGCCAUUCCUGCACCGAAUCGAACGUGAUCUGCCAGGUUAUUUUGUGUGCCACUGUUGCUUUCUUCUUCAUGAGUUUGACGGAUCGGAAAGGUUUGCGAUGUCAGGUAUACGGUUAGAGUGGCGUUCUCGCCUGCCAUGUGUCUCCGGAUGGAAAUGGGAAACGGUGGGACUCGAAAUGCGCAUCCAUAAUCUUAUGCUUCAUACCGACUACCGACUUUACUUCCUUCAGCUUCAGCUUGUGAUGAGACGGUUCUACUGUGGGGAUCAGUUCGGUCUUAGCACCGAAUCCCUACACCACACUCAGGUCAUAGAAAAGGCUGAGGAAACCAUUUUAUUUUCGAUCGAAGCACGGAUCUGCCUAGAGCAAAUAGGUCUUUGCCUACGAAUCCAAGACAUUAUGUUAGUUGAAGAUCGAAAGCUGGAUCUGGUUGCCCCCAAGAAAUCAAUAUUGCCUCCACUAUUCUUUUGGAUCUGCGGGCAUUUAUCUCACUUGAAACUUUUGGUCCUUGUUCAGUCUAUGCUUUCAACAUACGUUCCCGGAAACUCGACGUUAUUGUUAAGAAGCAGUUGCGACAAAUGCAAGACGGAUUUUGACCUUGAACUAAGAGAGGACGGUGAUGAUCUAGCCCUCAUUCUUACGAGGUGGAUCAACCUGGGCCCUGGCUUGAGUCCAAAUGAUCCCCAAUGGAAGGCUCAUUCUCGAACGCUAGGCUAUAUGGAGCCUGAUACUGUGGAACUUGACAUGGCUGUGAGUCCUCGGGUCUCAUUCGAAACUGCUUGCGAUAUUUCAAAAGAAACCCUGCGUUCACGUAAUUUGUCUUACCUCAAAGUCAAAAGGUACAAAGAGCUAAUGAGGCAAAUCCGGGGCUACCACAAAACUUGGAGCUUUCCUCGCGAUUGA